AGAGGCGAGGCGCUGUUGGAGAUGAGCGGGCGGUCGCUUCAGGAACGUCCUCCCUCCAAUUUGGAAAUCUAUCGCUGGCUGUAAGAGGCUCGGGAUGAAGAGCUGAGAAACACAUCUUCUGGAUCAUUUCUACUUCAGCGAGGAGCAACGCACUUUCAAAGAGGAGCGAGUCAAGUUUGAAAUCAAACGUCAGGAUGAAGACGACCUUUUCCUAUUUGAGCUUAAUCCUUCUGGGCCUUCAUUUCCUGACGGCCAGCGGGCAGCUGGAACCCAAAAAACCACGACCCCUUGAGCCCCUGACCGCUACACAAAGACGCGGGCUCGUCGAGCGGGACGUGCGGGGUCCGCUGAGGCCCAACAUCACCAUGCCGCGCCGACGUAUGCCCCCCAUGUGCAGCGCGCCCACGGAAAUUCGAGACACGUUCAAGUACAUCAACACGGUCGUGUCCUGCCUGGUGUUUGUUGUGGGCAUCAUCGGCAACUCCACACUCUUAAGGAUCAUCUAUAAGAAUAAAUGCAUGCGCAACGGGCCAAACAUCCUCAUCGCCAGCCUGGCGCUCGGCGACCUGCUGCACAUCAUCAUCGGCAUUCCCAUCAACGUUUACAAGCUCCUCGCGGAGGAUUGGCCUUUUGGGGUGGCUCUGUGUAAGCUGGUGCCAUUUGUCCAGAAAGCCUCGGUGGGGAUCACGGUGCUCAGUCUGUGUGCACUCAGCAUUGACAGAUAUCGCGCCGUGACCUCAUGGAGCCGAAUCAAAGGGAUCGGCGUUCCGAAGUGGAUGGCGAUCGAAAUUGCACUCAUCUGGCUGUUAUCCAUCAUCCUGGCUGUGCCUGAGGCAGUCGCUUUUGACAUGAUCACGAUGGACUACAAAGGAGAUCGCUUGAGGAUCUGUUUAUUGCACCCCAUGCAGAAAACAGACUUUAUGAGGUUCUAUAAAUCGGUGAAGGACUGGUGGCUGUUCAGCGCCUAUUUCUGUCUGCCGUUGGCCUGCACUGCCAUUUUUUACACGCUGAUGACCUGCGAGAUGCUGCGGAAGAAGAACGGCGUCCAAAUCGCCCUCAGUGACCACCUCAAACAGCGACGGGAGGUUGCCAAGACCGUCUUCUGUCUGGUUCUGGUCUUCGCUCUGUGCUGGCUCCCUCUCCACCUCAGCCGAAUUCUAAAACUCACCAUUUAUGACGAGAAAGAUCCAAACCGCUGCGAACUGCUGAGUUUCUUUCUAGUCUUGGACUAUAUUGGCAUCAACAUGGCAUCUGCCAACUCCUGCAUCAACCCGAUUGCCCUUUACUUGGUCAGCCAGCGAUUUAAAAAUUGCUUCAGGUCCUGCCUGUGCUGCUGGUGCCUACCGGCAGAGAUGUUGAUGAUGGAUGAGAAGCAGUCGUGCAUGAAGCUGAAGGUCACGGAAAGAGCAUCCGACCAGAGCAACUCUCGAAUCACCAACAAGUCGACUACGGCCUGAAUAUUGUAAGCUACUCCUGAGAAAGGAACGAAACGUGAGGUCAAAAGAAUGACAAGGUUUGUACAAUCGAGGGAGGCGGAGGCUCAUCUCCAAAAUCAUAGGAGGUCUUGAACUCAACACCUGUGAUGAGGUGAAAAUUAGGAUCGCUCCAACCAAGUCUAAGUCGCGUUUCAUUGCGUGUAUGAAAUCACAGCGCGGUUUCUCUGUUUCAUUGACUCGCUGAUAAAAAAAUUUAAAAAAAAUAAAAAACAAUGAUGCUGGGGCACAGCGUCAAUCUCCUGUAUGGACAUGGACAUGGUCUGUUUCUGCUUCCGCCACGCUGAAAACUGAGUGCGCCUCUCUCCUGCGCUAAACUUAAAACGGAAUGGCCGGGAAGCAAGUCAGCCGCAUUCACUCCCACGAAAGUAGCCAAAGAAUGACAUCCCCACGCGUACACCGAAUUCCACCACGCUUUGCCCCAGACGUGCAUGUUGUUUCUUUCCAACUUCUGACUGCACUGCUGAUGCGCCACGACAGUGCGAAGACCAUCCAGCUGUUUUGUUACGCUGUUCGAUAUUUGAGCCAACAAUAUUUGAGGAUUUCACGUUUCGUUCUUGUUUUUAUCACAAUCUGCCCAAUUUACCUUCAAUGUACAGCAUAGGAUGCGCUAAGAGUAUAUACUGUAUGUAUAAUAUAUAUGUAUGUAUAUAUAUAUUAUGUGUGUGUGCGUGUGUAUGCAAAGUAAGUCUGUUGCUCGGUCGUAAUCACUGACGACUGUCCAUAAAUGUUUUAGUGUUGCCUGUUAUUGUGGUCGAACGCGUAUGAUUGACUUAAGUGUGAAGGCGGGCGGCAUCAUAUGACGGGAAAGCUAACACAAGAGCUGUAUUGUGAUUGUAUUUUCUUCUCACUUCCCAACUACACCCGAAAACACGCACACAUGAAGCUUUGACCUGGGAAAGUUGCUGCAGGCUAAAUCCCGUGUCACGCAUGACACAUUAGCGGCCAGAGAGCCAAAGAAGAUCUCUGUCCUGUGAUCACUCAGCCACCCCUCCUCCACAACACUCGCUCUUUCUUCUUUGUCUUCUUUCCGCCCGUUUUUUCCCCCCCGCCCAUUUGUGUCUUUUACCUUUCCAGGUCCUCGACCCCCCCCCCCCCCCCCCCCGGUUUACAUUCUUUGGCGUUCAUUUCUCGCUUUUUCCAUUCCUUCGGUAUGAGGACUCUGGUUAGGUUCGCACAACUGUUGAGUUUCAUUAUCAGGUCAAAGCCUCUAUUCUCAGAGAUUCAGUAUCUAAUGUACAAAAUAAAUCUUCAAGACUUAAAUGCUUUGGCUUGGGAGUAUAGUCUUGUUACCUGUAUAUAUAAUAAAGGAUCUGCCUAUGGUG